UGCCCAGGACGCCCAAGCGGCUCUAAAAUUCCCAAACAACAAUCGAGGCAUCGCCAUAAGACCGAACAGCUUUCUGCUUAGAGGUUCCUCCUCAGUUUUUCAACUGAACUUGGUCUCUCUGCACUGUAACAGACCCGAGCUUGAGGAUCCUCUAUCAAUGGUUCGACCAACAGAAACUCUUCAUCACCUCACUGCAUCCGCCCCAGCACCCUUUAAACCAAAACCCCGUUUCUUGUCCUCAAAUCAAUCCCUCUACAGGAAGCAAAUUUCCCUCUCCACUCUCCUUCAGAGGUACGGUUUCCCUCCCUCUCAGCUACAAACUUUCCUUUCUCGAAAUCAUUUUCUUUUGAAUUCCAAUUUACAUGAUACGGAGAAAUCCCUUGGUAUGCUCACAUCAUCCUUCAAGAUUCCACAUAAAUCCGUUGUUUCUUUGAUCAUUGACUGUCCCGGGGUGUUGGACUUUGAUUUCUUGAAGAGAUGGGAAUUUGGUUUGUCAAAAUUUGCAGAUUUGGGUGUUCCUCCAUUGCUCAUCAAAACUGUUUUGGAGCAUUCUAAGAAAUUCCAGAUUGACCCAGAUAGGUUUAAUGAGACUUUGAAGGUUUUGAAGGGUUUAGGGUUUAGUGAAAGUACUACGAGGAGGGUUUUAGAGGGUUUUCCUGGAGUGAUUGCUUUGAAGGAAUGCGAAAUACAUAGGAGAAUUCAAUUCUUGAUGCCAAUUGGAAUUCAUAGAGAUGGAGUUGACCGCGUUUUCAAUUCAUUUCCUGAGGUUUUAGGGUUUGGAAUUGAAAAUAGGCUAAUGCCAUUGCUCAAUGAGUUUAAGGAUUUGGGUUUUAGUGAAGAGUUGGUUAGGAAAGAGAUUAUUAGAGAGCCUCGGAUUCUCGGUAUGGAAGUAGGUGAACUCUCGAGGUGUUUGGACUUGAUUAGGUCUUUGAAAUGUCGAGAACCGAUCAAAUUGAAGAUUUUUAGUAAGGGAGCAUUUAGAGCUGGGUUUGAAGUGAAACUUAGAGUCGACUGCUUAUGCAAACAUCGGUUGAUUCGCAGAGAAGCUUUUAAGAUAUUGUGGAAAGAGCCAAGGGUAAUUUUAUAUGAAAUAGAUGACAUUGAGAAGAAGAUUGAUUUUAUAGUGAAAACGGUGGGAUUGAAUGUCGGUUGUUUGGUUGAUGUUCCAGAGUAUCUGGGUGUGAGUUUUGAGAAGCAGGUUGUUCCUCGAUAUAAGGUAAUAGAGUAUUUGCGUGCAAAAGGUGGACUUGGUGAUGAGGUAGGAUUGAAGGCCAUGAUCAAGCUAAGUAGGCUUAGAUUCUAUAAUCUUUAUGUUAAGCCAUAUCCAGAAUGUGAAAAAAUGUUUGGAAGGUUUUCAGGUGAUGUUCAAGUUAAAAACCAACAUCCGGCUGGAUUAUGGAAGCUUUUGAAACCCCAACAAAGGGAUCCUGACUCGAAAGAAGAUGUGAAGAACAUGAAGUCUUUCAUGGAAGGACUUGUUUAGCAAAGAAGGAUGAUUUGCUAUAUGCAGCUUAGGGUGCAGUUGAGUGGACUCUUGUUCUUGUAAUUUUAGGCGAUGGAAAAUUUGUUCAAUUGUAUUUGGCCUGUUGUUCUCUGGAUGCAUGAUGGGGGGACUUUGUUAGAAAAAUAUGGUUCUCAAAAUCAUCGGAUUGGCACUUGAUACCCAAUUUUCAGAAUGCCUGGACAGCACACAAGGAAUUCCAGUUCAUUAGUGGAAAUAUUUAGUCAAGAGAGACUCGUGCAUAUAAAAUUUUAUGUGUGGACGGGCUAGCAUGUGUUUGUACUUUGGGCUCUGGAGGUUUGUUUCAUUAAUUAUGGAUUAUGGCUAAGCAAUUCAGCAAAAUAUUUGGUUGACAAUUCACAGGUUGUUAUAAGCUGUGAAGCACGGAAAUUGUUCAAGUUAUUCUUGAAGUUGAUUUUCAACUGAUCAUGCAGAUUGGUGUGCACUUGCAGCUCUCAGCCAUCAUGCACUGGAACUUCUUACUCAGGACUGGAUUAUUAAAAUGUGACGCGAACAGGGCAGGCAAUGACCGCCAUGAUAUGUGAAGUACAGCUACAAGCAAGGUUCGAGUAUCCUAACCUCUACUUUUUUCUGAAACAUCUGCCGAUUUGCCUGGCUUGGUUUCGAGCUCACUGUUUGGAGACAGUAGGUCAAUACCUUAACUGAGAGUGUCAAUGACUCACUAAUGUCUUGUAUUAACUGUCACGAUUGUGAGAACCUUGAUACACUACUGAUCCAUCUAUCUGUUUGUUUGUAUGUUCUCUUUUUCUGGGUGCCAAAUAAUAUUUUGUAUUUGUUCAGUUUCAGCAAGGGUUAUGAUGUUGUACAAAUUAAACUGCUUAUAUUUCAAAAACUAUUUGUCGCCAAGUUUGCGAAA